GACCUGAGAAUUGCUGAAUUUGCGAAUAAUUUCCUUAUAUAUAGCCAGGAUGGACCCAACGACAGCACACUUCUUCGACCUAGUCUGUGUCCAAGAUGUGGUCGCAAAUACUACUGUGCCUUUUGGUGGGCCUUGCCUUCGCUUCUGAAAAUCCGGGAUGGAACAACAACUACCACUACGUGUACGAGGUUCGGGGUCGGUCUCUGGCCGGUCUCAACCAAGUCAGUAACGAAUACAGUGGCAUCAUCUUCAAAGCUCAGCUCUACAUCCAACCCCGAUCUGACGGAAACCUCGGCGCCAAAAUCUCGAACGCCCAGUAUGCGAAAAUUCACGAGGAAUUGAGCGAAGGCUGGGAGACCGAAAUCCCCGACUCCCAAGUCAGCUACCAGCAGCUGCCCCUGUCGUCUAAGCCGUUCCAGAUUGGCUUAUACAAGGGAGUGAUCAGGAAUGUGAUGGUCGACAAACAGAUCAAGAACUGGGAGGCCAAUAUGAUCAAGAGUAUCGUCAGUCAGCUCCAGCUUGACACCAAAGCCACCAACUUGAUCCCCAGCUCCAUCAACAUCCUCACCCAGGAAGACUCGAACACUGCUGUUUUCAAAACAAUGGAAGAAACCGUUACUGGAGUUUGUGAAACUUUGUACGAAAUCCAUCCCUAUCCUGAGUACGUCCUUCAGUCCAAACCGUGGGUUGUGCCCCACAAACACUUGAUUGAAGAUGGCGAUGUUAUUGAAAUUGUCAAGAACAAGAACUUCACCCACUCUGAACAAUCGCCCUCUUACCACGCUGGGCUUGAUGGCAUCUACGGUUACCAACCGGGGAACAAAGUUGGGAAAUUCCUCUCAAGGACUUCCGUCAGCCAGGCUGUGAUCACCGGCACUUUGGACAAAUACACCGUUCAAAGUUCAGUCACCGUGGAACAAAUUGUCAUUCGCCCAACUCUGGCCGAUCAGAAGAAGGGCUCAGUCAACAGCAAACUCAACGUGACUCUCUUGCAAGUUGCACAGCCAGUCAGUGAAAACGAAUACGAUGUCACGAGCCCUGUCGACGUCGGUGUCGUUUACGCCUACGACAGCCCUUACAGCACUGACAACAGCCCCCGCCCAGCGAAACAGUACGACCAUGGAGUCGCCCCCGGAAGUUCUGAGUCCCAAUACGACACCAACCAAUACUACGGACGAACCAAACGUGCCAUCACGAGACCAAACCUCCAAUACACCUCCUUCUCCCUUGACAACUACCAACCCGACAGUAUCGAAGAGGAGGACUGGCACCAAGACAAACCCCACUUUAACGAAGCCCCAGCCUCCCCUCUGUUGCCCUUCACCGUCGGCUUCGACGGCCAGGCUUUCAAGAAACAGAAAAACAUCAUCGAAACCGUGCGGAAACUCGCCGAAGAAAUCGGCCAGGAGUUCCCCCAUGAGAAGGAGAUCCUCCGCCAGCACACUGUCGGCAAAUUCGUCACCCUCGCCAGCCUGGUCCGCACCAUGACCCAGAGCGAAAUCCAGCAAGUCGCCAGUCAGCUGUACAGCGGAAAGGCCCAAGGGCUGAAGUCGCCCUCAUGGGUCGCUUUCCGCGACGCCGUCGCCCAAGCCGGCACCGGCCCCGCGCUCUACAACAUCAAAGAAUGGAUCCUGAGCGGGAAGAUCGACGGCAGGGAAGCCGCCCAGGUCAUCGCGGUCGCCGCCAACGCCGCGCGUCAACCGACCGAGGAGUACAUCAAGUUCUUCAACGACAUGAUUCAAGACGAGAAAAUCAUGUCCCAGCAGCACCUGAACGAAUCCGCCCUUUUGUCGUACACCAACCUGGUGCGCCAGGUGUACGCCAACAGGGGAGACUCCCACGCCAAGUACCCGGUUUACAGUUUCGGCUCGUUCCGGACCACCCGCGGCCAGGAAUACGUCAAGAAGAACGUCAUCCCGCACUUGACCAGGAAACUCAACGAGGCGAUCAACAGCGCUGACACCCAGAAAAUACACAUCUACAUCCGGGCUCUUGGCAAUGUUGGGCACCAACAGAUCCUGGAGGCUUUUGAACCCUACUUGGAGGGGCAGAAGAAGGCGUCGCAUUUCCAACGCGUUUUGAUGGUCGUGGCGUUGGAUCGGCUCGUGGAAGCCAACCCCAGGGUGGCCCGGUCCGUCUUGUUCAAAAUUUACCAAAACCCAAGCGAGUACGAACAAGUUCGUGUUGCCGCCGUGUACCAAUUGAUGCGUACGAAACCAACCUCGGCGAUGCUCCAAAGGAUGGCUUCGUACACCAAUGUUGAUACCAGUGACUACGUCAACGCCGCUGUCAAGUCCUCAAUUGAGUUUGCUGCCGAUUUGGAAGCCCCAGAACAUUACAGAUUCCGCCAAGCUGCCCAUUCGGCCAAACCUCUCCUCACCAGCAAACAAUACGGUGUUCAGUACUCCCAAGGGUACUUGCGCAACUACAUUACCAAGGAGUCCCACUCCCUCUUCGAACAAAACUUGCAAAUGCUGGGUGGUGAAGACCACGCCGUUCCUCGCGGAAUGAAAUACCUACUGGAAAAACAAUUUGGUGGUGUCUACCAGCAAGUUAUCAACGCACACGCUAUGGUCUCAAGCAUUGAAGACCUAGUCAGUGUUUUCCAACAACAAACCGAGGAGUACAAGAGACAGCAACAGGAAAAACAGCACGAACAAUCUGUGAACUACCCCUGGUCCAGCGAAAACAUCGCCAAGCUUUUGCACCUCCAGAACGAACAAAGGGAACAACUUGAAGGCAGCUUGUACUUGCAAAUGGGGGCCUUGCAAACCAUCUUCUCCUUCGAUAAUCACACCAUGGAGAAUUUACCUGAAUUGGUUCGCAAAUGGGAAGACGAAUUCAGACAGAACAAACAUUACGCUUACAGCAAAAUGAUGAUUGCGCAGGAAUCAUCGCUCGCCCUCCCAACUGUCUUAGGGUUGCCCUUCAUUUACACUUACGACCGCCCGGCCCUGAUCCGAGUUGAGGGAAAUGUUAAAGUUGAAACCAACCCCCACAUCUCAUCCGGAGACAGCCUAAAGAAGCCUGACAACGUCAACGUUGACUUUGACAUCCACGCUGUUAUUUCCGGCAGGGUUCAGACCCAGUUUUGCAUUUUCACUCCUUUCGACCACCAACGCUACAGCGCUGGAUACAACAAGAACUUCCAACUUGUUGUCCCACUGAACGGAAAGAUGGAAUUGGACGUCCAGAAGAAACAACUCAAGAUGGAAUUGCAAAACCCCGGCAGCCAGGAAAGCGUGAGAUUGGCGCAUUACAGCAGCUGGCCGUACACUUCCCAGGGCGACAUUUACACCCCCAAGCCCGACUUGAAGAUCAUUCACUCGCAGCGCCCUCACAGAAUCAACACCGUGGUGGGAGACAAGUCCACAGGAGUCGCAGUAUAUUUGCAGAUCACCAGUGACCACAGGAUCGACCCCGCUUUCAUGUACGAAAGGCUGCACCAUCACGAUUUGGUCUCCGCCGUUUUGGACCCCUGGAUCGAUGAUACCAUCCAGUACGUCCACAUCGACGUGGGAAUUGACUCCGGCAAGUCGACCGCUCAACAAGUCAACCUCCACUUGGGCUACAAAUACAAGUACCAGUCGACUCAAGCCCAGGAAAAGAACGCCAACGAUCAGAUUACCGACAUUCCGGCUUUCGCCGACAGUCCCGAAAAGAGGCAGCAAGAGUUUGUGGACAAACUUGGCAAAUAUAUCAACAACCCUCACGUCUUCGUUGCUGACGCAACUGCAGACUUCCAAGGGCAAUACAAAGUCAAAUACUCCGCCACUUUCGGCGUUGCUAAGAGCAAUGUUGACCCCCAAAGUCGUUUUAUGGGGUACGCUCGCAAAGUCGAGAAACAAAAUCCGCAAGUUCUGGCCUACGUCCAAGGAGUGUCUCACGUUCGCAACACCAAUGGCCUUAACCUGGAUUAUGCCAUGGAGUUCGACCCCACAAGCACAGCCUACAUCCAAGGAUUACUCCGUAAGGAGCAACGCCUUUCCCGAGUGGAUGCCCACAUCGAAUUGAGCAAGAGUGAACAACGUAAGGAGUAUUUGAAGCAACAAGAGGAGUACAAAGAGUGCAAACACCAAAUGCAGGAGGGCAACACCCAACUGCCGAUUUGUGCCAAGAUGGGCAUCAGGGCCAACCUUCUGGACACCUUCUCGAUUAAAAUGAAGUACAGUGACAUGGACCCUCGUGUCAUCAAUGCCACUUACAAGACGUACAGCGUCUUGCGCCACUUCUUGUACCCGAGGGUUGAGGAAAAUAUUGUUGAACCAUCGUCUGACAACCACCUCGACAUCCAAGGACAGUUCAGUCCAGACUUGCACGCUGUUAACUUCUCAAUCAACAGCGAAUACGGCAAUGUGCAAGUGAAGAACGUCCAAGUGAACAAGUGGUACAGAGACCUGUUCGUCUCUCAACCCGUGUUCCACGCCAGGGCCCGUCUCCAAGGACAGGCACUCAAAUACGACACCUACAGACCAAUUUGCGUCGUUGACAAGACCCAAACCAGCACCUGGGACAACAAAACCUACCCCUCGAGCUUCUCCAACGGCUGGACCGUGCUUCUGCACUACGUCCCACGUCGGCCAUCGUCCAGUCAAAACAAGCCGUACGAAUCGGUCCAAGAACAACUAAACGAACUCGUUGAGUCCUACAUUGUCUACGCGCGGGCUUCCGAACAAAGCCACUCGCAGAAGGAAAUCCAAAUCGUCUUGCAAAUGCCCUGCACCAACGGCAAGGUCGUCAAAAUCGCCAUGAAGCCGUCCAGCAAAGGCCCCAAAGUCCUGAUCGACGAACAGGAAGUCAAGUACGACACUGAACACGCGUCGGACGCUUACGACGGUGCCAUCCAGAUCUACGGCUUGCCCAACCAGGAAGUCAAACUGGAAAUCCGUGACGCUUUCUACGCGAUCUUCAACGGCCAAACCCUCAAACUCACGGCCACUAACAGCAAAUUCAGGGAUGCCUCCCGUGGUCUCUGCGGCACGUUUACCGGUGAACAAGAAACCGACUUUUUGGGCCCUGACAACUGCAUCAUCCACGCUCCGGAAAAAUUCAUCGAAAGCUACACCAUCGGCCAACAGCUGAUGCAGCGUGGCUCCAAAAUGCGCCGCAGCGAUGAUGAGAAACAAUGCUACUUCAAGAAGGUCUACUACGCUAACUAUAUUUCCAAUCAGGACGCUGGACGUGUUAUUGAUGCUGAGAGGAGAGGCAGGGGCUCAUGCAGCAAAUUGCAGACUCGUUACGUAGAGGAGAACGGAGAGAUCUGUUUCACCAUCCGUCCACUGCCUGUGUGCAAGAGCCGGUGCCAACAGCGCGGAACAAUCUACAAGAACGUCCAAGUCUAUUGCUCAAGGUCCACAAGCAGCACCAAUUUGUGGAAGAACGAGAUCCAGAAGGGGGCCAGUCCCGACUUCAGCUUGCAACAAGUGUCCAAGACCAUUCAAAUGGAAAUGCCCAAAGAAUGUUUACCGUAAUCGAAGCGCGAUCACAAAUUUUUAUUUGUAGUUACAAUAGUAUUUAUACGAGCAUCCACAAAAUGUAAAAAAAAUAUUAAAUAAAUUCUUUCGAAUUA